UUCAAUACCUACCAAGCAACAUGCAAACCAUACGUUUUUUCUUUUGCGUUACCAAUUUAUGUAGUACUUGAUACCUAUCUAAUGUGAAGAAAACUGAAAUGUGUUUGUUUGUAAAAAAAGCUCGCCGAAGACUGAGUUGUCUCCUUAAUAAACGUGUCAUUAUAUUAUCAAGCAUCUGUAUCUCUAUCUUAAUCCUACUUGGAAUACUGCUCAUGGGGGAAUCACUGCUGAGCAAACCAAUCGCUUACAAAUGCUGCACCCCGACAAAUAAUAAUCAUACCAGGACCAAUGUGUACUUCCUGAAAACACACAAAACUGGAGGCACAUCUGUACAAAGUGUGAUCAUACGGUUUGCCAUCAUGAACUCACUCGAUAUAAUGAUUUUUAACUUUAAAUCUUAUUAUUUACCAAUUUCAAAUUCAUCGCUAUAUCCUCCAAUAAUACCACCCAAUUAUAAAUUUCACGUGUUUGCAUCACAUGCUAGGUAUGAUUCCAACAUGAAACUGUUUCAAUACCCCGAUACAUCAAUGGUGACCAUAUUGAGACAUCCAGCUACACUAUUCAGAUCAUUAUAUACUUUUUUCCGAAUGGAUAUCUCCAGUGGUAUGACUUUUCAAGAAUUCUUGAACGCACCAGUCAAGCCAGCAGUUGUAACAGGCUUUGAUAAUGAUAUAGCUUACAAAGGAUAUAACCAAAUGAGUGUAGAUUUAGGAUUUGAUUUGGAAAACAGUAAGAAUCAGACCGCUAUCACUGAAUUCAUUAUGAAAAUAGAUAGAGAAUUUGAUUUAGUAAUGAUAAUGGAAUACAUGGACGAGUCGUGUGUUUUGUUAGCCAAUUUAAUGGGAUGGCCUUUGGAAUAUGUAGCUUCUUUGAAACUAAAUGGCAGACUUCCUGGAGCAGACACGUAUCCUUUAACGAAGCAGGAUGAAUUAACUUUAAUGGAUCUCAAUCACGUUGAUACUCAAUUAUAUAACUAUUUUCAUGAGAAAUUCCUCAGAUGUAAGAGACAAUAUGGAGAAGAUAACUUGAACCGACAAGUUGAGAAAUUACAAAUCAUCAAUGAAAACUUCCAGGAAAGAUGCGUCGCUGAAGAAGUUAUACGUUUGAAUAAGGGUAGUUUGGAAAGGAUUGAGUAUGUUGCUAAGAAUAAAUCAGAUAAGUAUGGAAUGUGUUUAUUCGAUACAGGUGUCUCCUGUAUUAGCAAGAAUGGUUCGUGAUAUUCAAACCAAGAAACAAAACCAGUUGAAAAGAGGAUGAACAGAUCCAGACUGAACAUAUUAGAAAACCGCUAGGUAGUUUCCUCGUGGAAUCUAUGAUAGAAAUGAGCUUUCUGGGUUGAGAAUGUGCCCACUACUGGAAACAGGGCCAUUUGGGCUAUGAGCCGGUGUCUUUUUAAAUUUCAAUCAACUUUAUAGUCAAUAUCACAAUAUGAAAAUAAUUUGGAGAAAUUGCCAUUUUGGAGCCUGAUUUUUACAAUUUUCAAGUUGAUUUUUCUGAGCCAGGCAUGUCUAAUAACUAUGUACAUUACAUGUAUCUAAAAAUUAAUUCAAAAUACAAAAAUGGUUACUUUGAAC